AGAAAGUCCCAAUGCACAACCUGAGAUGCUUCCUUUCCAGAGUGGGUCUCUUCUCCAAACCAGGACUGCUCCCCUGGUGUUCCAGAAAACCUCCAGGUUGGUCACAGCUUUUCUUGGACUCAGCAUGUAAGGGAACCUUCACUCACGUGACUGCCAAGAAGUGUCCAAGAAGACAGAAAAGUCACAAGAAACCAAGCUGUCUUGGACCAUUAGAUGGUUCCUGGCAAGAAAAGCUGGCCGAUGUUGUGACACCACUCUGGAGGCUGAGCUAUGAAGAACAGCUCAAGGUGAAAUUCAAAGCUCAGAAGAAAAUUUUACGAAGACUAGAGUCUUACCUCCAAACGUUCCAUGGAGUCAAAGUGACAGCAGCAGCAGCCAAAUUGGAGGGGUUCCAUUGUCUUCUCCAUCCUAUUAUACCCUCUCCUGUCAUCGAUGGCUACCGAAAUAAGUCCACUUUCUCUGUGAACCGAGGUCCAGAUGGCAAUCCAAAGACCGUGGGAUACUACCUGGGAACUUGGAGAGACAGAAACAUCGUCUGUAUACGGUCUAAUCAUCUGAAAAACAUCCCUGAGAAACACAGUCAAGUGGCCCAGUAUUAUGAAAUAUUUCUUCGACAGUCUGCAAUGGAGCCCUGCCUUCUGUUUCAUGAAGGUGGACACUGGCGUGAGCUCAUAGUCCGCACCAAUAGCCAAGGACACACAAUGGCCAUUGUUACUUUCCAUCCCCAGGAAUUAAGGCAGGAGGAGCUCUGUGUUCAGAAGGAGUCUAUAAAGGAGUUUUUCAUCAAAGGGCCAGGAGCAGUUUGUGACUUGACAUCACUUUACUUCCAGGAAAGCACCAGGACCCGUUGCAGCCAUCAGCAGUCCCCCUACCAGCUCCUGUUUGGGGAACCCCACAUCUUUGAAGAGCUCUUGGGCUUGAAGAUCCGCAUCUCUCCAGAUGCCUUUUUCCAGAUUAACACUGCUGGUGCAGAGAUGCUGUAUCGGACUGUGGGGAAGCUGAGUGGAGUGAAUUCUAACACCAUCCUCCUUGACAUCUGCUGUGGAACUGGUGUGAUUGGCCUCUCUCUGGCUCAGUAUACCUCUCAGGUCCUUGGGAUUGAGUUGGUGGAGCAGGCCAUAGAAGACGCCAGGUGGACUGCAGCCUUCAAUGGCAUCACCAACUGUGAAUUCUAUGCUGGUCGAGCAGAGAAGAUUUUGCCACAGCUGCUAAAGUCAAAGGAAAAUGAGCAGUUAAUUGUUGCUGUGGUGAACCCAGCCCGGGCAGGACUGCAUUACCAGGUGGUUCAAGCUAUUCGAAACUGCAGGGCCAUUCGCACACUAGUUUUUAUUUCCUGCAAGCCUCUUGGUGAAACCACACGGAACAUCAUUGAGCUAUGCUGUCCCCCAAACUCUACUAAGAAGCUUCUCGGCGAGCCUUUUGUCCUGAGACAAGCUGUGCCUGUGGAUCUGUUCCCCCACACACCACACUGUGAGCUGGUGUUCCUCUUUACUCGAUAAGCAGCCUCCUACAAGAUGGUAGGCUCUUCAUUAAGGCUGAAGUUUCAUUAACUUCCAGGUUUGGCAUAUUGUUACAUUGCAGACCCGAGAGCAUUACCAGGGAAACCAACCAUUGGACCAUGAGCAGGAAGAAUAAAACAAGCCUUCCAAAGUGAACCAGAUUUAUGACCUCAGUUUUCAGGUUCCCUUGCUCUCAUGUGUGUUUAUUUGCUAUAACCACUCCGUGGCCCUGGACCUAGACUGUUCUUUCCUUUUGUUGUCAGCCUGUCGUGGCUCCCUCAGUCCUAGUUUAUA